AUGGCUGAACAAGAACAAGAGAGCGCCCGAGUUAGAGCUGAACUAGACGAAAUCAAAGGAGGCAUGUCCCAGAUGCGAGAGAUGUUGCAAGCUUUAACCUUCAGGUUUGAGGUUCCACAAGCGACCGUGAUUUCAGAGACCACGGGCCCAGCAGUGGAAGUCCCACCUCAGAGGACGUUACCCUCAACCCUUCCUCCACAUGGGCUACCUUAUGAUUUCGUCCCCCGAGCGGAGGUGGUGCAUGAAAUAGGGCAAUCUGUCCAACAAGCUGUGCCAUUACCAGUUUACAUCGACGCACGUCCAGUCAUCCAUACUGUGGUUCUACCAACCGCCUAUGCUAGGCAUGUUCCUCAUUAUGAAGAUCAAAACCACAUGUAUCAGACUGUUGACUCAACUGUUGCUGGUGACGAAGUAAGGUUUGAGGACUUCAGGGAGGUAAAGGAGAACAUGCAACUCCUUGAGAAGAAAUUCCGAGAUCUAAAAGGAGACCACGUCUUUGGAUCUGCUGCCAAAGAAAUGUGCCUUGUAUCCGGGUUGGUGAUUCCAGCAAAAUUCAAAACUCUGGACUUCGACAAAUACAAGGGUCAUACUUGUCCAAAAAGCCAUCUCAUCAUGUAUUACCGCAAAAUGGCUGCACACGUGGAGGACGACAAACUGAUGAUUCACUGUUUUCAGGACAACUUGAGUGGGGCUCCUUCCAAGUGGUAUUUGAGUCUGGAUCAGAAUAGGAUCAGGUGUUUCCAGGACCUGUCAGACGCGUUCAUAAAACAUUACAAAUAUAAUAUGGACAUGGCGCCUGACAGAAGACAAUUGCAGAGCAUGUUCCAGCAGGACAAGGAGUCCUUCAAGGAGUAUGCUCAAAGAUGGAGGGAUCUGGCUUCUCAGGUUGAACCACCUCUUGCUGAGAAAGAAUUGGCCGAACUGUUUAUCGACACUGUCCAACCUCAAUUCUAUGAGAAGAUGGUCGGAAGUGCUUCUUUGGGAUUCCCCGAGCUUGUUGCUAUAGUAACUCGCGUGGAAUAUGGUGUAAGGAAUGGAAAACUGGCGGCUGUAGCUGGAACUUCAAAUGUUAAUCCGAAGAAGUUCUCUAGAGGGUUUCCUAGAAAGAAGGAAUGGGAAACAAAUGUUUAUGCUCCACAACCAUACGUGGCUGCCGUGACGCCUGCAUUCAAUCAACAGCCUGCUCAGGCUUAUCAAGCGCCUCCAGCGUAUCAACCAGCUCCAGUUCAACAACAUGCUGUGGCUCCUCCAGCUUAUCAACAAGCACGAGCAGCUCCUGUUUAUCAACAACCGAGAGCUCAAGCGCCGAGGCAAAAUGCUCAGAACCAGAAUAGGAGGCAAGGGGAGACGGCGACCUUCAAUCCAAUCCCAAUGUCGUACACUGAGCUUUAUCCCUCCUUGUUGCAAAAGGGUUCGGUGGUUCCCAGACCUAUGGGACCUCCACCUGAUCGUCUGCUUCCGUGGUACAACCCUAAUGCACAUUGCCCUUUUCAUGAAGGUGCCCCCGGGCAUGACUUAGAAGGUUGUUACGCUCUGAAGCAUAGGGUUUGGGAAUUGAUUGAGAGCAAGAUCUUGUCUUUCAAGGACAUGGGACCGAAUGUGAAGAAAAAUCCCCUUCCUCCCCAUGAAAAUCCUGGAGUCAACGCCAUUGAAGAUGCUUCUGUUGGUGUUACGGUUGAUAAGGUGGAGGAUGUUAAGACUCCUUUGGCAUCAUUCCAUGCCCGAUUGGUGGAAGCUGGCCUGGUUAAUGUUGAUCAUGACAACUGUGAAGAGUGUGCCACACACCCAAGAGGAUGUCAGGUGGUACGAGACAAUAUCCAAAACUUGAUGGAUGAAGGAGUGCUUCAAAUAUCCAGUGCUGUGAAGAACGAGGAUGUGGUGGUGAUUGAACCUUGUUUCAAUUUACCUGAACCAGUUGAAAUCCCAUAUUAUAGUGGUGGAGUGGUCCCGGUGAACAGUAAGUCGUCGCCUGUCGAGAUAUAUAUGCCUACGCCUUUUCCAUACGAGAGCACCAAGGUUGUACCUUGGAAAUAUGAGAUUACCGUUGUAGACAAGGUAGUUGAUGGAAGUUCAGACGUUGAACUGACAGAAGCUGUAAGUGAAGACGUCACCAAUAUUGUAGGAAUGAGCAGAAUGACCCGUAGUGGUCGAAUCUAUACGCCCGAAUUCAACGUGACUCCUCAAGGGCCGACCAAGGAAUCAACAGUUGUAGCUCCCACUAAAGAACCCGAAGUGGUUCAAUCCGAAGAUGCUGUUGAAUUCUUGAAGUUGAUCAAGAAAAGUGACUACAAGGUUGUGGACCAAUUGCAUCAAACACCAUCUAAGAUCUCUAUUCUGUCUUUGCUACUGAACUCCCAAGCCCAUAGGGAGGCUUUGUUGAAGGUGCUUGCUCAAGCUCAUGUAACACAAAGCAUAACGGUUGACCAAUUUGAUGGAGUUGUGGCAAAUAUCACAGCUUGCAAUACUUUGCGCUUCAGUGGAGAGGAAUUACCUGAGGAUGGACAAAAUCAUAAUCGUUCCCUCCAUAUCUCGGACCCUGUUGGGAAAGCUUGUUCAUCUUUCGCGUCUCUGAAAAGCGUAAAGUCUAGUAUUGAAGGAGGAAACCCUGAAGGUUGGGGUCAACUUAUUGAUAUUCGUGAGAAGCAUGAUCGCUUUGGUCUGGGAUAUGUGCCUUCCGCUGCGAAAGGAGCCCGAGUCCCUACAAAGGACAACACCUGA